AUGAAAUCCGUGCGGAAAAUAUGGGCCACGUCACCCGAUCUCAGCAGCUUCGCCCACAUGAACGACUGGUACGACCACCAGGGCGAAGUUUCCAAGCAGCCGCCCAGGGUGGGCGUCCAAUGGGACAUGUCCCUGGCAGAGCACAGCCUGCCAGACGGAUUCUGCCACGUGGCAAACAGCAACGCGCGCCGCUACGUCGUGAGCAGGAAGGCCGACGCCAUCUGGGCGCCUCUGGAGAUUGCCGAUGGGGAAGGCGGCAUCAAGCUGCCACUCCUGGUGGAAUUUUUCUUCUCCCACACCCCCACAGCUCGUCUCGGCAGCAUGGUGGGGUUCGAACAAGACGGGGCGUUUCGCACCUCCGUGGUGGUCGAGGAGUCACUAGACACCAACGAACGCCGCCCCUCCGACUGGGUCUGGCCUGCGUGGGGCCUGGGCGGCGUCCCGUCCCAUCUGCCCGACCACCUGCCAUCCAUUCCGGCACUAGAUGACAAGACAAUGAUGGGAACGCGCACCGUUCUGACUCGCAACCUGAUGGUUCAGGAGCGAGUGAACGUGUCCUGGGCAGAAGAAUGGGGCCCUAACAGCACUGCCGCUGCUGCAGCUGUUGCAGCAGCUGCAUCUGGUGACACGGCUUCAGCGGGAAAAGCCUUUGCAGCAGAAGGAACAGGAGCAGCGGCAGCAGCUGGCUUUAUGGGGCGAGUUCCGGAGGGAGACGAAGAUCGUUAUGCCGUGUUUGCCCUGCCGCACGGGGUGGUGGUGUGCGCCCCACGCUCGCUACAGCUGGUGGCUGGCAGGCCAGUCGUGUUUUCGGUGUCGUGGGUGGUGGGGGAGGGCGAGGUGAAGCGCAUCACUUCCUCUUGGGGAGCGAAUGGGAGCUUCGAGAAAGUGGAGGGGGAACUGUACAGGAGAGAAUGGUGA